AAGUAGCCAAUCACGUUACUGCUAACUGGUGUGCAACCCAUCUUGCUGACUAGCUUGGUAGCGGCGCACACAGAACCAGCUGAGCAGCAGCAACACGACAGGGCAGCAGAGCAGAUGGGGGACAGGGUUUCUGUUAAAAUGUGCUGUAGCUGGGCUCUUGUCACCGGUUUGGUUGUGCUGCUGGUGCAGCUCCAGUGUUUACAGGCUGUUCCCAUCGGCAUCGACAAGACAAAAGUCAAAGAGGCAGAGAAAAAAACCGAAGAGCCUCCAGCCAAUGUGGACACAGGACUCCAUUAUGAUCGCUACCUAAGGGAAGUCAUUGAUUUUCUUGAGAAAGAUCAACAUUUCAGAGAAAAGUUGCACAAUACAGACAUGGAAGACAUCAAGCAAGGUAAGCUGGCUCAAGAACUGGACUUUGUCAGCCAUCAUGUCAGAACGAAAUUGGACGAAUUAAAAAGACAAGAAGUAAAUCGACUGCGGACCCUGAUUAAGGCCAAACACGAUCUAGAAGGAGGAAGUGAUAUAGCUGUGGACCACCAGGCUCUCUUAAAGCAGUUUGAGCAUCUGAACCACAUGAACCCACAUACGUUUGAAGUGGAAGAUCUGGAUCGGCUCAUUAAAUCGGCAACAAACGAUCUGGAGAAUUUUGACAAAGAGAGACAUGAGGAGUUUAAGAGGUAUGAGAUGAUGAAGGAGCACGACAGACGGGAGCACCUGAAGACCCUAGAUGAGGAGCAGAGGCAGAAAGAGGAGGAGCACUAUGAGGAGAUGAGGAAGAAGCAUGCUGAUCACCCUAAAGUCAACCACCCGGGUAGCCAGAAUCAACUGAAAGAAGUUUGGGAGGAGGCUGAUGGCUUAGACCCUGAGGACUUUGAUCCAAAGACCUUUUUCAACCUGCAUGAUACUAACGGAGAUGGUUUCUUCGACGAACAGGAGCUUGAAGCUUUGUUCACCAAAGAGCUAGAAAAAAUCUAUGACCCCACUAAUGAAGAGGACGAUAUGGUGGAGAUGGAAGAGGAGAGGCUGCGGAUGAGAGAACAUGUAAUGAAUGAGGUGGAUACUAAUAAAGACAGGUUGGUGUCUUUAGACGAGUUCCUGGUUGCUACAAAGAAAAAAGAAUUCCUGGAGCCAGAUAGCUGGGAGACUCUGGAGCAGAAUCAAGCUUAUACAGAUGAAGAAAUGAGGGAGUUUGAGGAGCAUCUGGCGCAGCAAGAACAGGAUCUCAAUCAGAAGGCUGUUGAUCUUCAGAAACAGAGAGAAGAGCUGGAGCGGCAGCAGGAACAGCUGAAUGCACAGAAAGUUGAACUCCAGCAGGCUGUUGAGCAUAUGGAACGACUGAAGUCUGAGAAUGUAGAGCCUCCACCAGAAGUUCACAUCGAAGGAAACAUUGUCCCUGAGGUCCAUGCAGCUGACAACCAGUUGCAUCAUGAUCAAGAAGCUCAACCGCCAGGACACCAUGAGACUCCCCAGCACCAUCAAGACACACAACAGGAGCAUCACGAACCCAAUCAAGACUUACCGCAGCAAGGUCCCCCCCAGAUGCACCACGACGAACCACCAAACCAGCAGGGAGUUGCACAAGGCCAGCAUAACCUACCAUAACGGUGCCAUCAGUACAAAUAACAGAAAAUCAACAGCAGACUUGUGCUGUAUUUCAACCCGUGCUUAAAAGAGGAGUCAUUUCUCCCAAUGAAAAGACCACUUUAACCAUUAUGUUGGU